CAAGUAUUGAAUUUUGCGAAUUUUGUAUUUAAUUGUUCAUCAUCAUUCUGUGAGUCUGUGUGUGUCUGGUGAACAACUGGUGAAACCCGGAAAGAGAAUUGGAAAUUCAGUUUUCACCCAAUUUUUGGAUUUACAAGUUUUCUGUGUUUUUCAAUUUUCGUUGUUGUGUGUUGUGAGUCAACUUUAUGAUUGAAUGGUUAACGAUGAACGUGACAAUUUGUUUACAACCAUUAACCUUGAUACUUUGAUACUCAUCGUAAUUGUCAUCAUUAUCAUCUAAUCAUUGUAAUCAGUCGCGUUUUGUUUUCCGCUUUUGUUGGCCUUUCGUUUGCAGUUUGUUGGAAGAAACUUGUUUUGCUUUUAAUUUCUUGUUUUUUUGUUUUGCCUUCCAAUAUUUACCGUAACAAUUAACUCGUCUUAAUAAUGGUUGAUUUAAUCGGUAAAUAUCAGGCCAAAAUGCGCCAAUUAGCAUCAUCAUUGAACAGUGGAAAUGGUUCAUUGAAACGGACAAUUCCUGAAGCCAUUUUGGCUGCAACUUCACCUAAAAGUGACUCUAAUAGACGAAGUUCAUCAAUUGUUUCGUUAAUCAGCACAGUUAGCAGUAGCUACAGUAAUUGUAACAAUAAUGUUAAUAAUAAUGUUAAUAAUAAUAAUAAUAGUAAUCAUAAUAAUAAUGGCAUUACAUUUGCUUGUAAACCUUUACGCUUAUGUCAAACUCGUCAUUCAAUUCCAUCACUUGAUUCAAUUGAGAAAGCUCAAUUUCAUGGUAGAUCAACAUCAACUUCAUCUUCAUCAUCAAAUUUAUCAUCAAAUACAAUCUUUUCAUCCUCAUCAUGUUGUGAACAUCGAUGGCAACCCAAAAAUCCAAAGACUGCGGCUUUCAUCGUGGCCAGUUCAAUUUAUGGUCAACUUUUGGUCGUAACCUGUUUAACCUUUUUCACUGCCGAAAUUCGAAUACCAAAUAUUCCUUUAUACUAUUUUGAGGGAUUCUACCUUUACCUGUACGCAGUUAGUCUUCUCUUUCUUCUCUAUGUUUACGUUUACCUGCUUCACGAUUUACCGAAAGGUGACCAAAAUCGUAAUAAAGAGAUGAAUGGGAAAAAGAAGGAAAAAAUCAGUGAAACUGAAAGAUCUCAUGGAUCCAUAUUCUUGCGUAUUGGUGCAGUUGGCUUUGGUUUAGGAACAAUGAUUUACAAUGGACUCGAGUUUGGAUCUUACUUUGAGAUUCCGUAUACAUCACCAUGUUACUCUGUGCUUUUGGGUGUGAAUCCAGUUCUUCAAGCGACAUUUACAUUUGCUCAAAUGUACUUCAUCUUUACCUAUUCACGAUUAAUGAUUAAUAAGUUCAAGUUGAUUGCACGAAUUGGAUUAAUGCAUUUGGUUGGAACCAAUAUUUGCGUUUGGAUUCGAACCCUGGGAAAGGAAACUCUUCAGGAAUUGAAGGCAACAGAAUCACAUUCAUUCUUGGAGGAACUGAUUCUUCCUUUGAGAACUGAAAUGCGACCCUUUAAUCGAACCAAUGCAACCCUGGCUUUCAACGAAAUGAACACUUCCAACCCUUGUCAAAAGGAGCAAAUCAUGGGCAGCAUUCUGGCCGAUACCUCACCUUACCUGUAUCCCUUUAUAGUUGAAUAUAGUCUUAUUGGUGCUGCAUUCCUUUAUGUCAUGUGGUCGAACAUUGGACGAAAUUCAAAGAGUCUUAAUGAUCCGUGUUCACUUCCCUCUUCACCUGGAACUGGGGUCAACAUUGACAAUCUGUCAACCUCAAGUCGAGAGUCUUCUGCACUGGUUUCUCAUUCACUCUACAGUUGCCUUGGAUCGAGUAAAGGAUUAUUUUGUGGAUUUUUGUUCCUCGUUGUUUCAAUAACUUCAUUGAUAAUCUUCUUCGUCUUGGUUCAUCAUCCAACUUACAACCUAUUGGCUACUCUUAUAAGUGACAUUUCACAUUCAACUUUACUAAUACUCAGUAGUUUGGCCAUAAUUUUGGCUUAUUUCAAAAUUCGCAAACUUCGAUUUCAACCAGGUGUCCAUGAAACUGCUGAUGGUGGUUUACGUGACUUACUCCUACGAGUGGCUGCCUUUGGGUUGUAUGUUUACUCGUUGUUUGGGGUAAUUGCAGGAGCAAUGGAUUUAUCCUCAUUACAACAUUUCGCAGUCUUAAUUACCAGCACACUCACAAUACUUCAAGUGACUCUCCAAUCGCUCUUCAUCUCUGACGUUGUUUGCCGCAAACGAAGUAACUUAAAGCAGCCUGGACGACAAUUGAUAACCUUUUUACUGAUUGCUAAUCUCACCCUUUGGAUCAUUUAUACCUUUGAAAUGCAGAAGGUCGAAGCAUCUCCCGUUCAACUGCGAAUCUAUGGUUUCUCAACUUGGGCACUCAUUGUUCGGAUAACUUUGCCUUUAUCAAUCUUUUACCGCUUCCACUCAGCAAUCACAUUUGCCGAAGUCUGGAAAAAUUCAUACAAAUGAUCUCUUCCUUUUCCUUCCUACUCUUUCCUACUUUUUUCAAAUCAUCAUUAUCAUCAUCAACUCCACUCAUCUUAUCAUCAAUCUAAAGUCAUGGUUUAUUCACUCGUUUCAACAUUAAUUUUUUUACUUUACGCUUCUUGGGCCAUUUCAAUGAAACCAGUGAAAACUUUUGCUUUCUUUCCUCUCCUUCAUUUUUCGAUGAACAAAAGCAAACAAUUUUUUGUAAUUUUUCAUUCAUCAUCACCAUAACCCUUAAUUAUCCCAAUCAUUAUGCAUUUUAAUGUAAAAGGCAAAAACUUAUUUUAUUGAAUAAUCCUUUUCUUCCCAAAAACUUUUUUCAUCUAACAUUUAAUUCAAUUUUGAAU